UGAGGUUCCACCAAAAUAUGGAACUUGAUUUUGGACAUUUUGAUGAAAGAGAUAAGACAUCCAGGAACAUGAGAGGCUCGCGGAUGAAUGGGCUGCCUAGCCCCACUCACAGCGCCCAUUGUAGCUUCUACCGAACCCGAACCUUGCAGGCACUGAGCAACGAGAAGAAAGCCAAGAAGGUACGUUUCUACCGCAAUGGGGACCGCUACUUCAAGGGGAUUGUGUACGCUGUGUCCUCUGACCGUUUUCGCAGCUUCGACGCCUUGCUGGCUGACCUGACACGAUCUCUGUCUGACAACAUCAACCUGCCUCAGGGAGUGCGUUACAUUUACACCAUUGAUGGAUCCAGGAAAAUCGGAAGCAUGGAUGAACUGGAAGAAGGGGAAAGCUAUGUUUGCUCCUCAGACAACUUCUUUAAAAAGGUGGAGUACACCAAGAAUGUCAAUCCCAACUGGUCUGUCAAUGUGAAGACAUCUGCUAAUAUGAAAGCCCCUCAGUCCCUGGCUAGCAGCAACAGUGCCCAGGCCAGAGAAAACAAGGACUUUGUGCGCCCCAAGCUGGUGACCAUCAUCCGCAGUGGGGUGAAGCCUCGGAAGGCUGUGCGUGUGCUUCUGAACAAGAAGACAGCCCACUCUUUUGAGCAAGUCCUCACUGAUAUCACUGAAGCCAUCAAACUAGAGACCGGGGUUGUCAAAAAACUCUACACUCUGGAUGGAAAACAGGUAACCUGUCUCCAUGAUUUCUUUGGUGAUGACGAUGUGUUUAUUGCCUGCGGUCCUGAAAAAUUUCGUUAUGCUCAGGAUGACUUUUCUCUGGAUGAAAAUGAAUGCCGAGUCAUGAAGGGAAACCCAUCAGCCACAGCUGGCCCAAAGGCAUCCCCAACACCUCAGAAGAGUUCAGCCAAGAGCCCCGGCCCCAUGCGCCGGAGCAAGUCUCCAGCUGACUCAGGUAACGACCAAGACGCAAACGGAACCUCCAGCAGCCAGCUCUCUACCCCCAAGUCUAAGCAGUCUCCCAUCUCUACGCCCACCAGUCCUGGCAGCCUCCGGAAGCACAAGGACCUGUACCUGCCUCUGUCCUUGGAUGACUCAGACUCACUUGGCGAUUCCAUGUGAAGGAGGAGAAUGUUCAGAGUCCAGAGUA